AUAAUUUUUCCAUAGCAAACUCGAAGGGUUUGGGGAGAAAAAGAGCCCAAAUGGAUGAUCAAUGAAGAAGUUCCUCAUUAUAUGCUUCGUUGUCUCUGAUCCUCGAUAGUCAAUUAGGAUUUGUCUCUUCAGAAGUUUGAUUGGAAAGAAAUGGAGAGUAAUCCAGAGUCUGGGUCGCCCAAGAAGAAGCCUCGCCCGCUUGUGCGCAUUGUGCUUCUUCUCAUGUCUCAUCGUGUUCUUGUCAGUUUUCUGUGCUGUAUUGCUGGAGUUAUUGCCCUUUUACUCUUGCCUGUUCUUGCCAAAAAUACUUACAUAUCAGAGAAUGCACUCAUGCCAGGUUCUGCCAAUCCCAUGCUGUCUGCUAAUGAUGUCUUAGAUGCUGACAAGCUUGUUGCGGAGAUAAUGAGCUUGAGCUUGGAAGGCGAUACUGCAGGCAUUGAAAUUCCAAGGAUUCUAAUGAAGCGUGUGGGAGACUUGGGUGCUGAAGUUAGUCAGUUCCAGUUCUAUCCUCGGCCAAAUAAGUUUCAUCCUCUUCAUUUCUUUUCUAGUCAUGACAGUGACUCGAAUCAAGAAAAUGCUACCUGUGCAAGUCCAGCUAUUAGUACUGUUGGUAUAGUUAGGGCUCCACAUGGCGACGGAAAAGAAGCUAUUAUCUUGGUGACUGCUUAUAAUGCUGUGAAUCCCGAUAAUGGUGAAGCUUUAUCGUUAGGUGUAGCAUACUCUGUUUUCUCUUUGCUAACGCAAGUUACCUGGCUGGCAAAGGACAUUAUUUGGCUUGCUGCAGAUUCUCGAUACGGCGAACAUGAAGCUGUUGCUGCGUGGUUGAGAGAAUAUUAUGCCCCAACAUUUUACAGCACAGAUAAAACACACACUAAUAUGUGCUCUGCUAAAAAUCCUCAUCAGGAAAUUGAGGAGAAUCAUGUUGUAGGUGCAGAAUCAUUUGAGGGCCUUAGACGUGCUGGAACAAUGGCUGCUGCUCUGGUGAUUAAAGUUAACGUAAACAAAGAUUCUCAGGAAAGUCUUAGUAUCUAUGCUGAGGCAUCCAAUGGCCAAAUGCCAAAUCUUGAUCUCAUUAAUGUUGUGAAUUAUCUGGCAGUACAUCGUCAGGGUCUGCAUGUAAGGGUGGGGAAACUUUGGUCCUUAUUGGAGUCAAAAUGUCUGAAGAUGAUUGGCGGAACAAUUGAGUUUCUAGGAAACCUGGCUAGAAGCUUAAAUCCCCAGUGGGGAUUUGGUAUUCCUGAAAGCGAAUACGUUGAAGGCACUGCUACUCUUGCUAGUUCAUUGUAUGCUCAGGCGUUGGGCGUUCCAACCGGUUCUCAUGGUGCUUUCCGUGAUUACCAAGUUGAUGCUGUGACAUUGGCAAUUUCUUCCAAAGCCUCACCAUAUAACAAGGCCAAGCGAAGUGAAUUUCUAUUACGCAGUGGCCGGUUGAUCGAAGGCACUAUUAGAUCAGUAAACAACCUCCUUGAAAAAUUUCACCAAUCAUUUUUUCUCUACCUUCUAACUGGGCCGAGCAAGUUUGUUUCAGUAGGAGUUUACAUGAUCGCUUUUGCACUCCUUAUUGCACCCUUACCCGUGGUUGCUGCGUCCCUUUAUUCUGAUGGUGUUCCGAAGUCUGAUAUAAUAAAGUCUUGUGCAAGUGGUAGUAGCUCGAUGAAUAAAUGUAAUAAAAAAAGUUCAUGGAGAUGGCUUCAAGCAGCGAAAUCUGUGUUUGUUAUUCACAUAUGGGGAGUGGUUGUAGCAUCACUUCCAUAUUUCAUUUGUCAAAUACCCAACGGGACGUCAUUUUCUUGUGGUGUUUCCUGGAUAUUGCUGUCAUUAGUUAGCCUUAAUAUCUGUUACCAGGUUUUCGGGUCUCCUUAUUCCAGCUUCAAGUCAUCUGAGCUGCAUAAGCAUAAGCAUAAACAAGAAUGGGGUGUGUUAAAGUCAGUGAUGAUAGCAGCUGCUUUUAUUGGGUUGUCUCUGAUGUCAGUAGUGAACUUUGCAGCAGCAGAAAUAGGGGCAUUGUUAUUAGUGCCAUUCUGUUUGAUGGCUCACCCCUUAAAACUAGAUAUGCAAGACUUGACCCUGAAAGCUUUCUCCAGAAUAGCUUGUAAUAUAGUCUUAGGACUGUUGUUGUUUCCGCCACUUACUUUCUUUGCGAUACAAGGCUUGUCAGAAGGAUUCAGCAAUAUCGAUGUUGGUGGUUUUUGGACGUGGGUUGAGUCUCUUUGGGUAUGGAAUAGCGCAACAUACCUAUAUGUAGUAUUGGUUCACCUUCCAUGCUGGCUCUUGUGUAUUCAUAUUUUAUUACAUCCUUGUUCAUUCUAAUUAAUCUUGUAACCAACAUUUGUAUUUCAGUGCUUCCAAACUUGCAUCUAACUAGCUGACUUGUCAUUUUGUUUGA